AUGAACAAACCCAACCCCAACAUCCUUCGUGGGCGCCAACUGGCCGAGCUCUUCUUCACGCGCAAUGCCCCUGGAAGUACUGACUGGACCUGCCGUUGUGGCGUACGUCGUGCUCAGAAUGGAAGUGGAUACUCGAACCUCGUCUCCCACAUUACUUCGGAGCACCCAGAGUACAACACAUUUGACGCGAUGAACCCUCCUGCUCCGACUGCCCUGUUUGAUAUCAUGGUCCCACGCUUAGUGAGCACCGUGUACGGUUGGUUGCACUGGAUCACAAUGUCCAUGUUGCCCUUCUCGUUCGUUUCAAACACCUUGGCCCGUCGAUACACUAAGCUUGACCCCAUCUCGCGCACUUCGUUUAUGAAGUACAUGCACGCUCUCUGCGCUCACGUAGAGCGCACGAUCGCCAGUCAACUCCCCGACCAGUUUGCUAUUGUCCAUGACGGGUGGUCCCACGGGUCAACGCACUACCUUGCCAUUUUUGCAACAUUUCCAUCGAGCGAUCCGAUUGGCUACACGCGGACGUUACUGGCAUUUGCACCAAUCAACGACGAGGAGUCGUUAAGUGCGGAUGCCCACUACGAAUUUACGGUAUUUGUCCUGGAAUUGUAUGGCAAGACGUGGGACAAUGUUAUCGCACUUAUCGGGGACAAUUGUUCUACAAAUGGGGCGUUUGCUCGUCGGGCUGGGGUGCCGUUGAUUGGAUAUGCCAGCCACCGCUUUAACCUGUUCAUGUCGGACGUGCUGGCAGACCACGCCGAUGUUAUCGACAAUGUCAAUCACUUGAUGACGAAUCUACGGUUCACGCUCCCGGCGGCCCGCCUCCACUGUCUAACUCCCUUGGUGGCCAAGACGAACAACACUACUCGUUUGGAGUUCGACGUCACCGCAUUACUCACAAAGCUUGAAGACCUCAACGCGAUUACAUUGGCGCUGCAAUCCGAAGAUUGCUCCUUCCUCGACGCUCGACAAAUCUUCGAUACCGUAAUCGAAGAUUAUCCGGAUGCCGCCGCACGAUUGGGCCGAAGCGCGGCCAUUGUGAAGAAUCCAGCGUUUGAAGACGGCGUUGUCAAGGUUCUGCUGGAAAGCGAAGCGUUGAAGCUGAAGCCAUCAAGGCGUUACGGGAUUCUCAAGCAAGCCAAGGCAGCGAAGAAGAAGAAGAAGGUCAUGAGAGCCCUAAGCGUUUACAAGGAUUGCCGCUUCAUGCACCCCACAUCCAACAUGAGCGAGCGCUUUUUCUCGGCUACGAAGUUGGCGGUUGAAGAUCGCCGCUGCAGUAUAACACCGAAGAACUUUGAAGAACAAAUGUUCUUGCGCGCGAACAUCCAUUUUUGGACCACCGAAGACGUUCAAGCGAUGAUGCGCACCUUGGAGUAA